ACCAAACGGGAAGUGAGCUCGUUGUUCUCCUUGGUGGCUGCCUGGCUGCGAAGGCUCACGGACCAAAACAACUCCUUCUCUGCUGCGCUUCCUCCUCUUCCUCAGCACGGAUCAUGGACGGGAGUCAGAGUUCAGCUCGUCUGUCAGCAGCUCUGAGAACAUGAGCUCCUCUCACCUGUCCACAGUGGAUGGCACUGAUAGACUGUGUGUUUCAGAGCGUGCUCAGUGCGUCCCAUCUCGGGUCCUUCACCUGCGUCAGCUUCCCCCUGACGUCUCUGAACAGGAAGUGCUUUCUCUGGCGCUUCCCUUUGGUCGAGUUAGUCAGCUGAUCACGCUGAAGACAAAGAAUCAGGCGUUUUUAGAAAUGGCGUCAGAAGAAGCCGCUGUUACCAUGGUGAACUACUACACCUCAGCCACUCCCUCCAUCAGGAGCCAGCCAGUCUACAUUCAGUACUCCACCCAUCGCGAGCUCAAGACUGACAAUAUGACCAAUCAGAGGGCUCAGGCAACGCUGCAGGCCAUGAAUGCAGGAGCAGUGCACUCUGGGAACAUGGCUUCAGGUGGGGAGGGCCGGGGCAUAGCUCCAGGUCAGAGUCCCGUCCUGAGAAUCAUUGUGGAGAAUUUAUUUUACCCUGUGACUCUGGAGGUUCUCCAGCAGAUCUUUAGUAAGUUUGGCUCCGUGCUGAAGAUCAUCACGUUCACCAGAAACAACCAGUUUCAGGCUCUCCUGCAGUUCAGCGACACCGUGCAUGCUCAGCACGCCAAGGCUACUCUAGACGGUCAGAACAUCUAUAACGGCUGCUGCACGCUGAGGAUUGACUUCUCCAAACUGAGCGUGCUCAACGUGAAGUACAACAACGACAAGAGUCGGGACUUCACCAGAGCCGACCUGCCAAGCGGAGAGCUAGAGCCCGCCGCCACCUUUGGUGUAGCUUUGCCUCCGUAUGGAGCAGCGGCAUUCCCACCCACUUUCCACCAACACACAGGUCUGUCCAUGGCGGCCGUCCCCGGCUCGCUAGUGUCUCAUCCUCGCGUCUCGCUGCAGAUGGCGCCUCCUGCUGUCCAUUCGGUGCUGCUGGUGUCGAACCUGAACCCAGAGAACGUCACGCCUCACUGCCUCUUCAUCCUGUUCGGUGUUUACGGAGACGUUCAGAGAGUGAAAAUCCUCUUCAACAAGAAGGAAAACGCUCUUGUUCAGAUGAGCGACGCCACGCAGGCUCAACUCGCGAUGAGUCACCUGAACGGGCAGCGUCUCCAUGGUAACGUGAUCCGGGUGACGUUGUCCAAACACCCGGUGGUGCAGCUGCCUCGCGGAGGCGCUGGGCAAGAAGAACAAGCACUGACUCGGGACUUCUCAGGCUCUGCCCUCCACCGCUUCAAAAAGCCGGGCUCCAAAAACUUCAACAACAUCUUCCCUCCGUCAGCAACGUUGCACCUCUCCAACAUCCCCUCUUCAGUGAGCGAGGAGGCGUUGAAGGAUUUAUUUUCUUUGAAUGGAUUUGCAGUAAAAGCUUUCAAGUUUUUCCAGAAGGACAGGAAGAUGGCGCUGAUGCAGCUGGCUUCGGUGGAGGAAGCCAUUGAGGCUCUGAUCGCCCUUCACGACCACCAGUUGGACCACAACCAGCACCUCCGUGUGUCCUUUUCCAAGUCCACCAUCUGACCUUUGACCUCUGAGCGGCCGCUCAGAGCGCAGGGCUUCUGAUUGGCCCGCGGCGCAGACAGACAGACCAUGGGAAUAUCUUUCUGUGCCUACAGCCAGCCUCGUAUCAUGGUGGCAAAUGAUGUCACAACCGAGGGUCAUGGCCAUGGCUACAGAGGUUACAGAGCACAUUCCGGAGCAGACUGAGUAGCAGUGCAUUGUGGGUAAUGAAGUCCAUCAUGGAGGUGACGUCAGUUUGUGUUUGUUAAUGUGAUGCAGGAAAAGAAAUCAGGAAGUAAAAAAAAAAAGAAGGAAAAAACCUGCCUUUUAUCAAAGGUUUACUUUGAAUUUAUCUUUAUUUAAAAUUACCAAUGAGCAUUAAGUAAAUUAUUAUAGAUAUUAUUUUUAAAUGAAAUGAAAUGAUUUGACCCUUUUUUGUGUUUAAAAUUCAGAUUCCAACGUUUUUCUUUUUACUUCAGGUUUUUAUUUUUCUCGUUCUUCACAAACUUCUGCCAUGUUAUUUUUGAAUUUUCAGCCUCUCUGCACACUGCCGUCUGAUUGGCUGGAAUUAUGUUAAUGAUUAUUAUUUUUAAUUAUUAUUUUAGGGUUAAGCUGCGAUCUCAAAUCUUCUUCUGUGCCUUAUUUUCUGAAUUAUUCUGCUGGGUUCUGGUUUUUUACGUGGUGUUUGGAGGUUUUGGUGACGGAUUGUGUUUGUGUGUCUUUAGAUUUUUUUCUAAUUUUUUUUUUUUUAAGUAGAAUUUUUCUACAUCAUUUAAAAUAUUUUUUGUUGGUGGUCAACAUUUUGGGUGGGUUUUUUAAUCAUGAAUGUAUUUAUACUGUACAACAUGUAAGGCUUUCUGUGUGUUUGUGCGUGGGUAUUUAUGUGUGUGUGUGUGUGUGUGUGUGUAUUAAGCUGAGUUGUGAGUGGUUGAGCUUCAAAUGUCCCAUCUUUUACUGAAUUAAUUUUAUUAAUUUCACUCCCUUAUUUUAAUAUUUUUUUUCAUUUUCUGUUUGGAUUCGAUUUUUUUUUUUAAAUGGGAAAAAAGCCACAAAAUACAGGAAGCUGCCGAUUCCCAGUUUGCCUUCUGACCUCAGACCUGCCUACCGCUGCCAUUUAGUUCAUUUUCUGUUCAACUUUCCCCAUUUUACAUUUUUAAUUUACUUCUUUUAAUAUUGGAGUUUUUUUCCACUUAUUUAAAGAUUUUAAGCACUUUAUGUGAAAUUGUUACAAGCGUUGUGGGUGGGUGGGGCCAAAACAAGCCAAAGUUCCUGUGCCUUUUAAUUGGACAAAUCCAUUUGCCCCCAUUAUGAAAUCACUUCCUGUUUGAAUGGCCUAGAAAACUGUUUUCCUUCUUUUAAAUUUAAAUGUAAACCACACCGUUUUUUAAAAAAAGAAUUUUGCGAUAAACCCACCUACUAUUGCCUUUCAAAAUAACAUUCCCUGCUAAUGUUUUGAAAGCAUUUUUGUUUACAGUUGUCUACAUAUUUAUUCUAGCCUUGGUUAAUUAAUUAAUAAACAGUUGGGAUUAAAAAGCGCGUAUGUGAAAACAUGAAAUCUUCAAAAUAUAUUUGCCCUUUCAGAAUAAGGUUAGAAAUGGUUGUUUAAAAUGUUGGGAUUUUAUUUUGAUUUUUAUUUAAACUUUUUGUUAAAACAAACUGUUUUUAUACCUGAAUGUAUCAGCUGAUGUAAAGUAGUUGUGGUGCAUUGUGGGAGCUGGUGGGACUUUAUUGUUAUUAUAUGAAAUAUUUUUAACAUGGACCAGUGCAUGAUGGGAGGGGGCAGUGCUAAACUAAGCCGCACUCUGCUCCAAAACAAAGUUUGUUAAUUUUUAUUUAUUCUGAAACUUUGACAGGAAGUUGUAGCAUGAAUCACUGAAUAAUUAAAUAAAAUCAUCUGACUGCCAAA